AUGGCGACUAUUCUACAACAGCCAAAUCCUCCGUUGACAGCAGCAGAAAGAGCCGCUCGAUCUGUUUUUGUUGGUAACAUUCCAUACGAAGCAACAGAAGAACAGUUGAAAGAGAUUUUUGCACAAGCUGGACCCGUUGUAAGCUUCAGAUUAGUCUAUGACAGAGAAACAGGGAAACCUAAAGGUUAUGGCUUCUGUGAAUAUCAAGACAUUGAAACGGCUCAGAGUGCAAUGCGAAAUCUUAACAAUUACGAUUUCAAUGGACGACCCUUGAGAGUGGGUGUAGCUGCUGGUGAACAGAAUAAAGAGGAACUGAAAAGUAUGCAACAGGCUAUUGGAGGACCACCCAUUGAGAGUCCAUAUGGAGACCAAGUGGAACCUGAAAAAGCCCCAGAAGCUAUCUCAAAAGCUGUUGCCAGUUUACCUCCUGAGCAGAUGUUUGAAUUAAUGAAACAAAUGAAGUUGUGUAUUCAGAACAAUCCAAAUGAAGCAAGGAAUAUGCUUUUACAGAAUCCACAAUUAGCUUAUGCUUUGUUACAGGCACAAAUUGUAAUGAAGAUUGUGGAGCCACAAGUUGCCUUAGCAAUGCUUCACAGAGAAUCCAAUCAGAUCCCACCGCUGCUUCCCUCGAGUGGGACUGCAAAUGAUAGUGGCAUGAAUAGUGCACCAUCUAACAUGUCAAGUGCAAGCACUUCAGCAGGACUCAGUGUUGGUCAAGGACCCAUGCAAGGUCCUGUAUUGAACACCUUAGUUCAAAAUCCUCAGCCAGUCAUGCCUGGUCAAACUCCUGCAGGGCCCACAAUACCUCAGCGAAUGAUGACACCUAAUGUUAUCAGUGGAGAUCGUCCCCAGGCUCCAAUGCUGGAUAAUCUUGUUGGACGUGCAGCAACUAUGGCACCUUUAGAUGUUGAUUUGAGAGUUCGUCCCGCAGAAAUGGUUAAUCAUGGGCCACCUCCAUUUCCUGAUAUUCGUCCUCCCAUUGGUGCUCCACGAAUGGAGAUACGGGAUCCUCGUGUAAUGGAACCCCGAUUACCACUAUUGAGAGACCUUCAAGGAUUAACACAGGCUGGACGUGGGCCCCCUCAGAUUCCAGGUUUAGCUGCUGCUGCUGCUGCAGCAGUCACAAGUGGAGCCAACCCACUUGCAGGUGGUGUGAACCCUAUGGGCCCUGGUGUGUCACCACAAGAUCAAGAAAAGGCUGCUCUGAUUAUGCAAGUUCUUCAAUUAACAGAUCAGCAAAUAGCUAUGCUACCUCCUGAGCAGAGACAAAGCAUUUUGAUUCUUAAAGAUCAAAUUGCCAAAAGUGCCCAGACAUGA